GCCCGCGCUCACCGCUCACCGGCCGCCAGCGACGCCACCGCACCGCUAGCCAUGGAGAUGGAGCACUUCAUCGAGACCGUGCGCAAGUACCCGUGCCUGUGGAACACCACGGCCAUCGAGUACCGCGACCAGGAGCUGAAGGACGCCGCGUGGACGGAGGUGAUGAAGGAGACCGACUUGUCGUCAGUGAAAGAAGUGAAGCUGAAGUGGAAGAAGCUGCGCGACAGCUACCGCGACGCGCUGAAGCGGCAGAACGACAUGCUGGCCAAGGACCCGCACAACGCCACCAAGAAGAACUACGCGUGGAAGUACAUGGGGCCGAUGCAGUUCCUGCAGCCGCACAUGAACGCGCGCAAGAAGGCCGCCGACCCGCAGCCGCCCGCGCCCGCCGCCAACGGCGUGUCGCACUCCAGCGACGAGUCCGAGUCCGAGCCCGGCUCCGAGCCCAAGCGCAAGCGCGCGCCGUCGCCGGCCGCCCGCCAGCCGGCCUACCCGUGCGCGCGCAGCAAGCGGCCCGCCGACCCGCCCGCGCCCUACGAGCGCAAGCGCGACGCGCCCGGCCUGCCCGACCCGCUCGACAUCUUCUUCAACAGCAUGUGCCAGUCCACCAAGCGCUUCCCGUACCCGACGCAGAUCAAGAUCAAGAAGGCGCUGUUCAACGCCGUGAUCGAGGCGGAGGAGGGGCUGAUCGCGGAGCAGCAGAACUACGCGAUGCUGUGGGCGCGCGGCGCGGGCAGCUCGUCCAGCAGCGAGGGCGAGGCGGGCGAGGGGGGCGAGGGGGGCGAGGGGGAGGGGGGCGACGAGGAGGAAGAGGAGAUGAAACCGUUCGUGCUGUUAUAAUAAAUGAAUAUAUCGUUAGGCGUGAAAAUAGAAUAAGAAUAAACAAUUUUGUAUUGUUGUUUUUGUGCUGGUGUACUUCAGUUUAUUAUGUAAGCACCCGACGUGCAGUUCGAUUAUAAUUUCUUAAUGCUUAAUUUAAUUCAUACUUUCCUUGAUAUAUUUCAUUUGCUCAGAGACAGUAGACGCUCAGAUGUUUAUGGAGUGUUGGAGUCAAGCUACCAAAGAUGUGCAAGUUGUUCAGACGAAUGUAACGACAGUAUUACAAUACAAAAGGGAUCGCAUAUCAGCUCGGAGAUCCGGUUUCUCGAAGCUUGCAGCGAGUUUAGUUACGUAUUAAUAAGACACGUCCAAUUUUGAAAGCAGACUAUGUAGUUGUUAAUAUGUAAAUGUUUUGAGUAAUGUAAGUGUUCGUAAGUAGGCGGUAAUCGUUAGUCAUUGUUUAUAAUUUCCAUUGUAAUUAUUGUAAUAUUGACUAAAGCAAUCGAUCGCUCGUAUUACUACUUUAUAAUUUAUGUAUAUAGUACCUAAUUUAGUUUGUUUACACGCUUGUCGUGGUAUUUUUAACGGUUGCAAUUACACUGUCAAACUGAAAUACCUCUAGCUACUCUCUGAUUAGCGCUUAGGUACCCUAUAUGAAAAGUGAAAACUAUAUUGUUAGUCGUAAAUUGAAUACUUAGUGUGAAUCCAAUAUCAAAAUUAUCGUAUAAUUAGGUAAAAGAGAACAGAGUUUGUCCAUAUUUACAUCGUAUCAAUCAUAACGUGUUAGGAUUAAUUGCUAUAAGACUCACCAGGGUAAUUAUAAUGUACCACUAUUUAAGUGUUUGAAUCACCGCCAAAUAUCUUAAAACUACAUUUUUUUACAAGGGUAAGUAGUAAAUAAGUCGAGAUAAUCGUAGUCUUGGCGGGAUAUUCCGACAAAAAUUCCAAGUUUUAUUAUAAGCGAUAUGCAGAGAUGAGAGACCUACCAGAAGGUCCUCGUCACCUCGUGAGUGUGCUCGUCUGUUUGUUUGUUGAUCGAAUCAAAGCUAUGAGUGAAAUAAUUGUAAGACAAUUUGACUGAGAAUAAGUUAAUAGGGGUUAUGUGAAUUGUGAUGUUUAUACUAAACGAUUGUAACGAGAUCUCCUGGAGGCAAAAUAAAUAAAAAACAUUAAUUGAUA